AUGGGCAUCAUAAUGAUUCGUUUUAUGAAUGCAAAAACAAAACCUUAUUGUCUCAGUAUUGUUCAAAAGUAUGAUUACGAAAACUAUCUGUGUUCACUGUUGCUACCUGGUUCAAGACGUAACUUUGCUUUGGCCUUAAGAGCUUUCAACGUAGAACUAGCUCAAAUAUGUGACCGAUCAGAAAAUCUGGCUCAAGCUAAAUACCGGUUUCAGUUUUGGAGGGAGAUUAUCGAAUAUCUAUUUGAUAGCUCCAAUAAUUCGUCACCACACCACACUCCUCUUGGACGAGAGCUCAAAGAAUCAGUUUCAGGUCUAGUAUUAUCAAAACAACGAUUCUAUCAGCUAGUCAAUUCAAGGGAGCGACACUUUAAUAAUGUUUUUUUUCCUACUUGCAAAGCAGCUGAAGCGUAUUUUGAUGAUGCCUAUGUUCCGAUUCAUUCUCUAAUAUCUGAGGCUUAUGGAUUUGAAAUGACUUCAUUAAACCCAUUGCUUAAUCACUUUGGACGAGCUCAGGGAAUGGCGAAUAUGUUACGUAGUUCAGUUUUAUUAGCUCAACAUAAAAAUGUUCUACUAUUUCCUUUGGAUGUAAUAAAUCAACAUAACUUAACUCAAGAACAUGUACUUCGUUUUCUACGUAAUGAUCCUUCGAUGACUAGUACAGUUGAUAAACCCAUAAAAAAAUUAACGUGUUAUAUUGCUUCUUUGGGUCAUUAUCAUGCUAAACGUGUUUCCCAUCUGAGUUCGGAAUUAAUGAUGCAAUCACUCUCAACGCCAACGUUCAAUUCAGCAAAGUUGAAAAAAAAAGAUUUGCAACAAAAACAUUUAAUACAAAAUGUUUUGCCCAAACUUUUACUACCUCUACUCCCUAUAAAUAAAUAUUUGGAUUUUUUAGGUUACUCGGCAGAUUUCGAUUUACGUUUUAAUUUCAAAUACAAUAAUGA